AUGCGGAACUCUCCGUAUCAUGCGAUAGCUAAGUGGUUAGCAGAGAAGCUCAAGCCCAUACAACAUCAGCUGGCACCACGCAGCUAUCGAGAUACCUUUCAAUUCAUUGACGACAUUAAAGACCUCAACCUUGACGGCAUGAUGAUGUUCUCAGUAGACGCCGCAUCACUUUUUACAAACGUCCCAGUUUCCGAGACAGUUGACUACGUCUGUGAUUUUCUAUCUGCCAGUCAUCAAGAAAUAGGACUGCCGACAAAAACACUCAAGGAACAAUUACUUAGAUGCACAUUAAAUGUGCAGUUCCUUUUUGACAACCAACUCUAUAGACAAAUAGACGGCGUUGCCAUGGGCUCGCCUCUUGGACCUCUCUUAGCCGACGUCUUCAUGGGCAAGCUGGAGAGAUUUCAACUAAGCGAUCAGAUCAAGAAGCUUAAACAUUAUGGUCGCUACGUUGAUGACAUCUUUGCGAUUGCAACCACAGAAACCGACGUCGCUGCCCUCCUAAAUGCUGCAAAUCAGGCACAUCCGUCGAUCAAAUUCACGUUGCAGAUGGAGUCGGCUGGUUCGCUUCCUUUCUUAGAUGUCCUUCUAAACAGGAGAUCUGACGGUAGCAUCCGAAGGAGUGUCUAUCGAAAGAAAACCUGUUCUGGACAAUACACGAACUUUGCUAGUUUCGUACCUCUCCAACAAAAACGGAAUCUAGUCAGGUGUUUGGCACAAAGGGCUAGAAAAAUUUGUUCGACAGAUAGUAUCGAGGAGGAACUUAGAAAAAUCCAGGACUUGCUUCGCGAAAAUGGGUAUCCUGACAGGUUCAUUGCAAAGAACUUUGCCGAACGACCUGCAAAACCCACCACACUAACCGCCGAGAAGAAAACGUUGUUCCUCAAAGUCCCCUUCCAAGGAGACGCUGCAGGUGAACUCCUAAGAAGACGCCUUGACCAAGCUGUCUCGGGAACCUUCCCAGCAGCAAGGGUUCGCAUAUCAUUCUCCACUAACCCUAUUCUACGCGGAGAAGGCAAGGAUAGGCUGCCACCUCAGACCGCCUCAAUGUGCAUCUACUCAUUCACUUGCUCCUGUGGAGCAGGUUAUAUUGGUCGUACGAGUCGGCGCCUUUCCAAAAGAAUACGAGAGCACCUUCCCGCAUGGCUGGCAAAGGGUGAAACUAGGAGAAUAGACAGCGCCAUCCUUGCGCAUGCAGUGGACUCAGGGCAUCGUGUGGACCCCACCGAAGCAUUUCGUGUGAUUUACAAGGUCCCCUCGAGCUACCCUAAGCUACUGGGCCAGCGCCUGCUAGCAACAGCAGAAGCGGCCGCCAUAAGGUUACGAAAACCGACCGUAUGCGCCCAAAAGAACCUUGUUCAGGCUCCGCGCUUACCGUGGUCAAAGGUUGACUAA